GGUAUUGCCCUGAUGGUGCUUGUUCGGAAUCGAUUAACGUCCCGUCAACGAUCUCGAUUGAUGAUGCUACGAUGACCGGGCUCGAAAGCUGGGCCACUGCCACUUCUGCGUACAGUUCUGGCGAUAGCUUCUCAUAUACUGCCGCAGCCAAUAGUGACAUGAGCAUUGACAUCUCCUUAGUCAACGGCCCAGAGACAUUUGACGAUGCUACUUGUGCCGGAGCACCGACUGUCUCGGGGACAGACGGAGGCUUCCUCGGGUGUGUAGCCCAAGCUGUGGCGUGGAUGACAUAUGCAGUAUAUGCCGAUGGCGGCCCGGUUGACACUACUCCUGUCCGAAGAUCUUCGUUCUCGUCCGACCCUCAAUUUCAGUAUCAUGCAGAAUGGCAACCUGCCGGCAACUGCACUACCUCUCACUGUAUGCUCAUGAAUGGCAGCCCCGAAGGUGUUUGGGUUCCGGCUGGAAAUGGAACGUAUAAUGGGACAUUUCAUGACUUCCACUUUACUCGCACGACGAACAACAUUGUUGGGCACAGAGUAUGGCCAGGCGGAUUCCAGAGCGCUUCAGCUGCGACUGAUAUGUCCAUGGUCAAACCAAGAUCCGGAACAUUGGCUGGGAGACAGUACAGAUGGAGGGGGCAACUAGUCGGUUGGGGAGCAUCUUCAAGGGUUGAUUGGUAUCACAGAUCAGACCCCGCUGCAUACAUGAACUGGUAUGAUUAUGAUCGCAAAGGAGCCCUCGAUGUCUCCAACACUAUUGCUGCGGCCGUCGAGGACACUGUUGCCCAGACGCACUACCCAGAGCUCUGCGUCGGUUUGGCUUAUGAAGGCUCAGUAGUCGAUACUGGGCUUUGGAACAUCGUUGCGAAUGGCACAACAGCAACUAACGAUAUCUCUCUCGCGCAAGCCGAGACUGAUCUGACUGGAUGUAGUGGCUCAUCAGCGGUGAUUGUAUGCUACGCAAACGCCACUGCUAUUGACACGUCCUUGGCCACCGCGGAUGAUGAGUCCUCAACUGCGCCGACCAUUACCAAGCGGAUGCUUCAAUUCUUCAAUUUAUUCGGAAGAACUGCAACAAGUGGCUCCGAGGAGACAUAUGAAGUUACUGAUGUGGUUUACAACACUGGAACUCUCCAGUUUGUUGCACCGACCUAUCCAAACGGUGGAAACGGCUAUUAUCUGAACCAAGAGAAUGGUCAUGAUAGUGCUUAUGCACUCCUGAAUCCAGGAAACUGCCUUGAUGGAACACUUACGGAUGAUGCAGACACUACAAGCGCAAAUCAAGUCACCGUAGUCACAGAGCAUGUCCUCGAGCGAGUCACCGGCCGCAACUUCCUCGAAUACGUCCAACGCCCCGUAAUGGAUCUCGCGGACGGCAACGGUGACCGAACUUCGACACUGACAGCCGUUCCGUUCACCACGCUAGCAAAUUGGGCAGAUCUCCCAUAUGCCCAGUGGGUCAAUAACAAUCUGCCGACUGGGUUCCCUACCGCCAACUUGCCUACUGUUGGGUCUGCCUUCACGGAUUUUGCAGACGCAUUCGGCUCCACAGCCAACCCAGAUGUCUUGACCAAUCUGGAAGAGUCGCUGAACGGAUAUAAGGCUCGAGUGUAUAGUACCACUAUUGAUCCGUCUGCGGAUGAUACCUUUGAUCCCCUUACCGAGACACCAACAAUAGCAAAUACUCAGUCGGCACUCACACUACUGAGACUUGGCUUCGGAGUCUUCAAUUAUAUAAAUGACGACUACGUCUCUUCUCUCGCGUCUGACUCCUACUCCGACAUGCUCACAACCUGGCAGACCUUCGACGAGCUCUAUACCCUCGCCAAUCCCUCAACACCAUCCAAUAUGGCAGGUCUCUGGGCCGAGUUCAUGGAUCGCCUCGCGACCAGGAUGGUAAAUGUUCACAGAACUUAUAUGAAUGAUCGACUUGACCAGUUGGCUGCGCCUUGGAUCGACAUUCAAGCUGCUCCGGCCUCGACAUCACAACAACAAAUUGAUGCGACGAAUGCUUUGAAUCUGAUUUCGCAAAUGAGGGCGCAGAUAACAACAAUUGUCCACUAUGAUACUUCGGGAUUUUCGGGUGCAGGCAGUAAAGCAUGAUCUUCCUUUUGUAACUAUGGUAUACUCCUUCAUAUAUAGUAUAUAUUCUCUAUAUAUUUAGACCGUAAUGAGCUCUUUUGAAUUCCAACUAGUUGAGAUGCUGAGAUAGAAC